AUGUCAAAGGAGUGUGAGCCACCUCAGGGCUGCUGGUUGUUUGGAGGAUAUAUCUCCCUUAACACAGUUGACAAGUCAGUGGAGGGGGAGGACCCAGAGAAGGGGCGGGGGCCAUUAACAGAAAGGCAAGACGAGAUUACGACAAAAGAGAGCACAAUGACAGCGCGAAGGAGGUUCGGCUGGUUUCUCUGUUUUUUGGCUUUGAGGAUCAACACUGCCCAUUCAGCCCCUGAUUUCUCUUUAUAUCUCCACAAUGUUCUGAAGAACCACACGGCCCAUGCUUGCGAAGGAGACACACUCACCAUUGAGUGUCCUGCCAGGACGUCUGUGGCCGUCUUAUCAGCCUUCUUUGGACGCCGCGUUCCUCAACACUAUUUGUGUCCCAGCCAGAAGACAAAUCUAACCGAGGACGUAGAGUGUUCUUCUCCGGUCGCUAUCAAGAAAGUGCUGGCAGAGUGUCAGGAUGAGCGGUCCUGUCAAAUUUCUGUGCUUGGCCCCGUGUUUGGGCAUGACCCCUGCCCAUUCACCAGCAAGUACCUUUUAGUGUACUACAAGUGCAGACCAGUGCACCACCGAACGAGACUGGUGUGUGAGAAUGAACGCUUGAGGCUGGCGUGUAAAAAUGACACCGUACUGGCCAUCUACUCAGCCACCUUUGGACACCUGCUACAUGGAAGCCCACUUUGUCCUCAGGGAGGGGGUUCAUUGGUGGACAUGGAGUGUUUGUCGGCAUCCGCUCUGAGGAGGGUUUCUCGUCGAUGUCACGGUCGAGCAAACUGUUCAGUGCUGGCUGACACUCAAACCUUUGGGGACCCGUGUUUCCCUGACACCAGGAAACACCUGCGAGUGUCCUACACUUGUGUGCCCAGGUAUCUUUUGGAAGACGUUGGAAGAGGCACAACAGAUCCUUUCAUGAUUUCAGACUACACACAUGGUGUGCCUGAGCGAGUGGCUCUGUAUUUCGUCUCCGGGAUCUGUGCCGGUCUGGUUUUCCUGCUCUGUCUCUUUGGAGUACGCUCCACAUUGGUGAAAGACGUGAAGGAGCUUGUGUCAGAUCUGCACGAUGAGCUGAAAGCAUCGAGCAGAGAGCACAAGGACCUCACGGAAGACCUCUACGACAAUGACGAACUCUCGCUCUCAGAUGCUUCGUCGUUUCGUCGCCUCACUCAGUCGUACCACAUGAGGGAUAUGCUCGCUCCCGCUACGCUGACCCUGGAAAUGAUGGCACAGGGUGCUGAACACACCACAGAGCUGCCCAAUGGAGAUAUUUGGCCACAUCCAAACACCAAUCCUUAUGCCAUUCACCAGAUUACUAAUUACAAUUAAUCUCAUUUUUAACCCGACAGAAGUACCCUAAUUUCAUUCGUUCAUCUUGAAAUUUGAUUACUUUUGCAUAGGAGCCUGCAAAAGACACGAUAAUUCGUCCAGGUGCUACAUGGUUUGUGUGCCCAGAGUUCCUGUAAAAACAUACUGUUGUACCUUACGGGUGGGAAUGUGGGGAUCUUAAAAAUGCAAAAGUCUC